GUGGUUCCCCUGGGGAGGGCGGCGGCGCCUCCUGUCGGCGUUGGCUGGUCCUUGUCCCCGCGUCCCCGUGCGCCUGGGACGCUUGCUGCUGGACGGGAAAACAUGAGCGACCCCGCGGGAGAGCGCGCUAGCCUCCGGCGCUACGCGGAGCUCCCGGUGUGGGUGGUGGAGGAUCAUCAGGAGGUUCUGCCUUUUAUAUACCGAGCCAUUGGCUCAAAGCAUCUUCCUGCCAGCAAUAUAAGUUUUGUGCAUUUUGACUCACACCCAGACCUCCUUAUUCCUGUGAAUAUGCCAGCUGACACUGUGUUUGAUAAGGAAACGCUUUUUGGAGAAUUAAGUAUUGAGAAUUGGAUUAUGCCUGCAGUUUAUGCUGGCCAUUUUUCUCAUGUAAUAUGGCUUCAUCCCACAUGGGCUCAGCAAAUCAGAGAGGGCAAACAUCACUUUUUAGUAGGCAAAGAUGUUUCUACAACAACAAUCAGGGUUACAAGUACAGAUCAUUACUUCCUAAGUGAUGGUCUUUAUGUAACUGAAGACCAGCUAGAGAACCAAAAACCUUUACACUUGGAUGUAAUUAUGGUAAAGCCAUAUAAACUCUGUAACAAUCAAGAAGAAAAUGAUGCAGUGUCUUCUGCUAAGAAGCCAAAGCUAGCACCGGAAGAUGCAGAAAACACUGCCUCUACUAACUGUGACUCUUGUUCAGAAGGACUGGAAAAGGACACAGUGGCACAGAGAAGGGGCCAGACUUGCGUUGGACCUUCAUGUUCACAUUCUCCUGAAAGCCAGGACCCGCAGGCUGCAGUCAGCACUGGAGAAAUGCCGGAAACUCUGAAAAAAGGGGGUGCAUUUGUGUUAGAUAUUGACCUAGAUUUUUUUUCAGUCAAGAAUCCCUUCAAAGAAAUGUUCACACAGGAGGAGUACAAAAUCUUACAGGAGCUGUACCAAUUUAAAAAGCCUGGCAUCGACCUGACAGAGGAAGAUUUGGUAGAUUGUGUUGAUACUCGAAUUCACCAAUUAGAAGAUUUAGAAGCUGCUUUUGCUGAUUUGUGUGAUGGUGAUGAUGAAGAAACUGUACAGAAAUGGGCUUCAAACCCUGGAAUGGAAUCACUAGUUCCACUUGUACAGAGUUUGAAAAAACGGAUGGAAGUGCCAGACUAUGAAAUGGUUCACCAGGCUGGUCUAACCUGUGAUUAUUCAGAACUGCCUCAUCAUAUCAGCACAGAACAAGAAAUUGAGGAUCUUAUUCAGUCUGUAUAUUAUUUACUGAAAAAUUUACCAAAACCUACUCUUGUGACAAUUGCAAGGUCAAGUCUGGAUGAUUACUGUCCUUCUGAGCAAGUUGACACCAUUCAAGAAAAAGUCCUCGACAUGCUACGCUCCCUCUAUGGGACGCUAGACAUCCACCUGGUGUAUUCAGCAGAGUCCUCUCCAUCUUGAAACAACAAAACACUAGGCUUCUGUUACAUCUUGAUGUAGUAACAGGGUUUUCAUUAACUUAUUUAUGAAUGAGUCUUCCAGAGAACACUUUUGUGUUUUUAUAUUAACUUUUACUUAAAAUCUUCCCGGUAUCAUCAGUUGUUGUAUGAUGGCAAUUUUUUGGCAUCAAGUCUACCCCCAGUGGAUGGCACUACUGCUUAUCUUCCUUCCUUUCUAUAAUUGUAUUCACUUUUGUGAAGGCUUUUUUUCCCCCCUUUUUCCCCUUUUUCCUGUAGGUCAGUUGGACUCUGAGAUUCAUUCAUUAAUUGAUUUAUUCCCUCAGCCAACUGACAUUUAUCGAGCACUUACAUGUGCCAGACAUGAUUAAGUGCUGGGUUUAUGGUAAUGAACGGAACAGACGAGGCCCCUGCCCUCUUGACAGACAGCUGAGAAACAGGUUAUGGAGUAUAAGGUAUGUUAGGAAGGAAAGGACAACCGCAGCCAUGUCUCAGCCAUGCUCACGGUACUCAGGGCGCCCCGGCCUGACAGGAAAGCAACAUUCUCAAAAGCUAUCACCAAAAAUAAUAAACUUUCCAGCCCAUGGAAAUACUGCAGGAAGUCUACCUCUCCAAUACUGUUGGGACUGUGGCCCCGCUCUUGCUCAAUGCUCUCAGCCUUGCUGGCAUUGAGGAAAUCUGAGUAAACUGAACUGAACAAAAGUUAACUUCAGUUUGCUAAUCAGAAGAGCCCUUCUGGGUUUUUGUGCCUCCACGAUGGUCAGUGUGGAUUAUCAUAGUUCCUAAGUGCCACUGUGUCGGCAGUCUGGGUAGAUAUUUCUUCAGAUAAACCAGCUCUUUAUGUAAAUAGUAGGGGGAAAAGUAAAAUCCUUAAUUCUGGCCUACCGUAAAUACUGCCUCCCACCAGCCUCCCCGUGAGUGAGAGACCCUACCUGAGUCACUCUUCAUCUUGGAACUAUUUGUUAGAUUAAUUUGCCAAAGUCUUUUCCCUCUUCAGUAUCCCUCAUAUUCAGUAAUCAUUUUUACCUACUUCUUUUAAAAAGUAGGAUGGCAUUUAAAGAAAAAAGAAAUCCAUUAUUCCUCCAUCCUAACACAGUAGCUGUUUUCACUUCUGCAUGUAACUUUUGGGCCUUGAGUAUAUGUGUAUGUGUUGAGUUGCAUGUAACUAAAAUUAUCUAUCCUGUGUUACCUAUCGAUGGCUAAUACCCAAGGUCACGUUACCGCUGCCACUCAGUAGAUGGCACCAGAUCCCAUUUUUCCAAUGAUUCUACAAAGGGUGCCAAAAAAAUGUAUAUACAUUAUAAGAAAGGAAAAAACUGGGCCAGCCGAGUGGCGCGAUGGUUAAG